AAUAAAAGUGUUAUAUUUUGUUGAAGGAAAAGUGGGAAAAUAUAAUAAACCCAUCAAUCAAUCAAAGCUUUUUCAGAAUAAUAAUUUCCCCAAUUCAGACAGCUGCAAGCUCCGACCAUAAUCCGGCGAGAUCAACUCACAGCUCUCCGAGAUAGAUACAAUAUGAACAACAACAAUAGCAAUAGGCAGAGAAAUCUUGGGCCAGGGGUUCAAUAUUUGCUGGACUAUCUGAAAAGAACACAAUCAGAGAAUCCCGGUUUCUUCUACGCAAUCGAGGGCAACAACGAACAAUGUGGAAAUGUCUUUUGGACCGACGAGACUUCACGUGCGAAUUACACCUAUUUCGGCGACACUGUCAGAGUCGAUACUUCAUACAGAACGGACCGAUCUAAAAUACCGUUCAUCACUUUCACCGGCGUAAAUCAUCACGCGCAUCCCGUCCUCUUUGGCUGCGCGUUGCUUCUGAACGAAUCAGACAGCACUUUCGUUUGGCUUCUCCAAACAUGGCUUCAAUCCAUGUCUGGACGAACCCCUGUCUCGAUCACCAUCGACCCUGAUCGUCUUAUUCAGAUGGCUGUGGCUCAAGUUCUCCCACAGACACGAAAUCGUUUCUGCAGAUGGAGCAUUUUCAGACAGACAAUGGAGAAGUUGACUAACGUGUAUCAAGCAAAUCCUACUUUCGAUCUUGAGUUGAAGAAGUGUGUCAAUGAAGCCGACACCGUUGAGGAAUUCGAUUCUUGUUGGGGGGCACUCUUGAGUCGAUACUAUCUGAUGGAAAACGAAUGGCUUCAGUUUUUAUACAACAUUCGUGAUCAAUGGGUUCCUGUUUAUUUGAGAGACGUGUUUUUCGGCGAAUUGUCGACGGUUGAGUGGAACGAUGCUUUGAGUUUGUUCUUUGAUGGGUUUUUGAGUGCCUCGACUACUGUACAGCUGUUGAUUAAACAGUACGAAAAGUCUGUAUCGAGUUGGAACGAAAAGGAAUUGAAGGAUGAUUUCGAUACUUGUAAUACGACCCCGAUUCUUAGAACACCGUCACCUAUGGAGAAGCAAGCUGCUAAUCUUUAUACUAAGAGGAUUUUCAUGAAAUUUCAAGGCGAACUCGUUGAAACUCUUGCUAAUCCUGCUACUGUACUCGACGAAUCCGGUGCGGUGACAACUUAUCGGGUGGCUAAAUUUGGCGAAGAGCACAAAGCUCACACCGUUAGAUUCAAUGGGUUUGAGAUGAAAGCUACGUGCAGUUGUCAAAUGUUUGACUUUUCAGGGAUCAUUUGCAGACACGUACUGUCGGUGUUUCGAGCUAAGAAUGUUCUAAUGCUCCCUCCCGAUUAUGUUCUGAGGCGUUGGACAAGAAACGCAAAGACGGGUGGCGGAGAAGAAUCCGUGCCUGGAUAUGCUUCUUCCGCUUCGCCUAAUAUUAAUAAUAAUAGUAAUCUAGAAUCUCCAAUGGUUCGUCAUAAUAAUUUACGCCAAGAGGCUAUGAAGUAUGUGGAAGAAGGUGCAAAAUCGAUACAUGUUUACAAUGUGGCCAUGAAUGCGCUGCAAGAGGCUUCGAAACGAGUUGCGGCUGUGAAGAACAAAGCUUCACACGGGAUAAGUGAAGCAAAUGGAAGAAACCUAGAAAUGCACACGGUCGAGAAUCAAUCUUCAUCGUGUUUAUCGAGGGAAGAGAAGGAGAAGAAGAUGAAUGAACUAAGUGGUGAGCUUGAACGAACAAACGAAAGGUGUGAAGUAUAUCGGGCGAUUCUACUUGCACUAUUUAGAGAUAUGGAGGACCAGAAGUUGAAGCUCUCGGUUAAGGUCCAAAAUGCUCGUCUUUCGUUAAAAGAAUAACAUGUAAUGCUGCAUCAGUCAUUAGUUUUGGGUAUAGAUCAUCAAUCACUUUUGCCUUAGUCGCUCUGUGAGCCGUUAGAUAUUUGCGCAUGACAUUGUAAAUUGAAAUGGUGGUCUUUCAAACACAUUUGUAUGUAUGUGUUCUUUUCGAAGUUUGAACUUUGACGUAUAGCUGGAGUUAGAUAGAUGCCUACCUAUUAAGGUAAUGUUUUUAAAAA